AUGCGCAUUCCUGCUGGAGCACCAAUGCCAUUUUGGCUGUCCGUGAAAAAUCGAUUACCGAAAUGGGCGAAAAUGAAUAGGCCGACGCUGGGUUCAAUGGCUGUCGUGACAACCGCGAUAGUCACAUGUUGUGCAGUAGCAGCAGUUACCUUCUACCCAAAAUACCAUCACGACUAUUACAAAAACGCUCAAAAAGAAGAAAGAGCUCUGCUUCGAUCGUCUCGGGAACAGCAAGCUGGUGGUCAGAAUGUCUGGAUUGACCCUUUCGAGAGGAAAUGA